UUCUGCUAAACGGCGUGCGUGGCUGUGGCGGGCCGAGCGAACUGCCUCUCUCAUUAUUUUGUUUAUUCCUACCCCGCAGGAUGCAUGUUGUAAGGGCUUUCUAGCUCCGGAUUGGACGGUAUAAUUGAUAUGUUGGAGAAGCGACGACGAGGGCCGGUGCGUACAGACAGGCGCGCCCCCGCUCGCGCGCGCUCACACGUCGCCCCCCCCCCUUCCAAGUUUGAGUAGCAGUAACAGUGCCGCACACUAAGAGGGCAGGAGAGUCACUUCCCUAGAAUAGAGAACGAACUCUACCGUUGUACAAAAGCGGCGCGUUUUUCUCUUGGGUGCAAACGAGCUCUUCAUUGAGAGGAAAGGCAGAAGGGGGGAGAGGGAGGCGGAAGGAACCAUAGUUCCCAAGAACUUCGGCUGCAACAAGCCUCCUCCUCCUCCACUUCCACUCUCCUUUCUUUCCAGAGCCGGGGAUCUUCCCCCUCUUCUUCUCCCCUCCCCUCCCCCGUUGGUUCUUCUGGCCCACCCGGCUGUGGUCAACAGCAUUUUUGAGAAACAGAAAUCCUCCAAGACUUUUGCGUUUUGGGGGGCGGAGGAGGAUAAAGAGGAAGAGGAGGGGGAAAGUAAUAUUUGCUGCCCAUCAUUUUCACAGCCACGCUGAAGUAAUUGCGCCCCCUCUCCCCGCUGUCCCUUCUCGGCUCGGAUUCCUGGUCUAGCCACAGUUCCUGGACUGGAGAGAGAUUUCCUUUCUUGAUCCCCCCCCGUUUCCCCCCCUUGCAGCGUUGCCUUCCCGCGCUUCUUCUCCCCAAAUCCCGACACGCUGCAUGUUUGCAAAUUGGUAAAAAAUAUCUUCUCUCCCCCUCCCCGCUUUCACUCUAAGCCCCCCCCUCAAUCUCAGCCCAGCCGCUCAGAUCAAAGCGCCGUGCCUCCCUCCCAGUGGCCGCCGCUCACUAAUGGGAUUGCAGUGUGCUUGGCUCUGCUGCUGCAGCCGCCGGAGGGAGAGGAGCUGCUGUACCUCUUCACCGACACUCUGUGGGUGCUGAGCCGCGGGGAUGAUCCGGAUCUUCCCGGAUUUCAGCGUGCAGGUGACUGCAGCUGCGGCUGGCGGGGCGGCUGGGGGAGUGCCGGCCGGGCCGGGCAUGGGGAGAGCCAGUUCCGCAGCCAACGGGAACCCACAAAACGUCCAGGGCAUCACUUCAUACCAACAACGAAUAACUGUCCAGCAUCCUCUGCCCAACCAAUCAGAAUGUAGGAAAAUCUACAGAUAUGACGGAAUCUACUGUGAAUCUACCUACCAGAAUUUACAAGCCUUGAGAAAGGAAAAGUCCCGAGAUGCUGCUCGUUCUCGCCGGGGGAAGGAAAAUUUUGAGUUCUAUGAGCUGGCCAAAUUGUUGCCACUCCCUGCAGCCAUCACCAGCCAGCUUGACAAGGCAUCCAUCAUCCGACUAACAAUUAGCUAUUUGAAGAUGAGGGACUUUGCUAAUCAGGGGGAUCCUCCGUGGAACUUGCGAAUGGAAGGACCACCACCCAACACAUCAGUAAAAGGGAUACAAAUGUGGAAAUCUGAGGUCUGCAUGAGAAAGACACCAUGUGAAGUUAUAGGUGCCCAGCGCAGGAGAAGCCCCAGUGCACUUGCCACUGAAGUAUUUGAGUCACAUUUGGGAAGUCACAUUUUACAGUCUCUGGAUGGAUUUGUAUUUGCACUAAACCAAGAGGGGAAAUUUUUGUACAUUUCGGAAACAGUCUCCAUCUAUCUAGGCCUAUCCCAAGUGGAACUGACAGGCAGCAGUGUGUUUGACUACGUCCACCCAGGAGACCAUGUGGAGAUGGCAGAGCAGCUGGGCAUGAAGCUUCCCCCGGGGCGAGGCCUUCUCUCGCAGGGAACAGCAGAGGAUGGAGCCAGCUCAGCAUCUUCAUCUUCUCAGUCUGAGACCCCUGAGCCAGUGGAAUCCACAAGCCCCAGCCUACUUUCAACGGACAACAAUCUAGAGCGUUCUUUUUUCAUCCGGAUGAAAUCUACCCUGACCAAGCGAGGUGUGCACAUAAAAUCUUCAGGAUAUAAGGUGAUUCAUAUAACAGGAAGGUUACGUCUGAGAGUGUCGCUGUCCCAUGGGCGGACAGUCCCUAGCCAAAUCAUGGGGCUUGUAGUUGUUGCUCAUGCUUUGCCCCCUCCUACGAUCAAUGAAGUCAGAAUCGACUGCCACAUGUUUGUUACUCGAGUAAACAUGGACCUCAAUAUCAUUUACUGUGAAAAUAGGAUUAGUGAUUACAUGGAUCUGACCCCAGUAGAUAUCGUAGGGAAAAGAUGUUACCACUUCAUUCAUGCUGAAGAUGUGGAAGGGAUCAGGCACAGUCACUUAGACUUGCUCAACAAGGGCCAGUGUGUAACGAAAUACUACCGCUGGAUGCAGAAGAAUGGGGGAUACAUUUGGAUACAGUCAAGCGCCACCAUCGCUAUCAAUGCCAAGAAUGCAAAUGAGAAGAACGUCAUCUGGGUCAAUUACCUUCUGAGCAACCCAGAAUAUAAGGACACUCCAAUGGAUAUUGCACAGCUCCCUCAUCUGCCAGAGAAAACCUCAGAGUCCUCUGAGACCUCCGAUUCUGAAUCAGACUCAAAGGACAACUCAGAGGACAAUGAGAAUUCAAAGUCAGACGAAAAAGGAAACCAGUCGGAAAACAGCGAGGACCCUGAGUCAGAUAGGAAGAAGUCUGGGAACCAGUCAGAUAACGAAAUGAACUGUAAUGAGGAUGGCAACAGCUCCAGCAACCAGGACAGCAGAGAUAGUGAUGACAGCUUUGAAAAUUCUGACUUUGAGAAUCAAAAGGCCCCUGAGGAUAGUUUUGGUACUCUUGGUUCUAUGCAGAUUAAGGUGGAACGCUAUGUGGAGAGUGAAUCAGACUUGCGGUUGCAGAACUGUGAAUCUUUGACCUCAGACAGUGCCAAGGACUCAGACAGUGCAGGAGAAGUAAAUGCUCAGUCUUCCAGCAAACAUCAGAAGAGGAAGAAGAGGAGGAAAAAGCAGAAAGGAGGCAGCAUGACCCGCAGAAGGCUAUCAAGCACCUCAAGCCCAAAUGGACUUGACUCAGCAUUGGUGGAUCAGCCCCAGCUGCUUUCAUCGCCAAACAGUGCCUCAGUGCUCAAAAUAAAAACUGAGAUCUCAGAACCUAUCAAUUUUGAUAAUGAUAGCAGUAUUUGGAAUUACCCACCCAACAGGGAAAUCUCAAGGAAUGAAUCUCCUUACAGUAUGACCAAGCCCCCAAACUCAGAGCACUUCCCUUCCCCCCAAGCCAGCAGUAGUUUACAUGUCUCCAUUCCAGACUCUGUUCUCACCCCACCCGGGACUGAAAAUACUGCCAGCCGCAAAUCUCAGUUCAGCACCUCAUCCACCUCUGCCUUGGCUCCCGUAUCCUCUGACCCUUUGUCACCACCUCUGUCAGCAUCUCCACGGGACAAGCAUCCUGGAGGCCCCAGCACUUCCAACUCUUUGUUGUACACCGGGGACCUGGAAGCCCUCCAGAGGUUGCAAGCAGGCAAUGUGGUCCUUCCUUUGGUUCACAGGGUAACUGGAACCCUUGCUGCCACCAGCACGGCUGCUCAGAGGGUCUAUACCACUGGCACUAUUCGGUAUGCUCCAGCUGAAGUUACUUUAGCCAUGCAGGGCAAUCUUCUCCCCAACACCCAUGCUGUUAACUUUGUGGACGUUAACAGCCCUAGCUUCGGCCUGGAUCCUAAAACACCGAUGGAAAUGCUCUACCACCACGUUCACCGACUCAAUAUGUCCGGACCGUUUGGAAGUGGUGUGAGCGCGGCCAGUCUGACCCAAAUGCCUGCAGGGAAUGUGUUCACAACUGCCGAAGGACUCUUCUCCACUCUUCCAUUUCCUGUGUACAGCAAUGGCAUUCAUGCCACACAGACACUGGAACGGAAGGAGGAUUGAAAUAUGACCACAUACUGUGUUCAGUGUUAAACUCUGAGGCAUAGACUAUAUUUUCAUUUAGACCUUUAAUUCUAGCACUUUGAAUUUGAGCAGGUCAGCUUAUUCUCUCAAUAUGACGGUCCCCAUUUCAUUCCCUUUCUCUUUAACUUGACUUAUUCUUUCAUGUAAGUUUUUUUAUUAUUUUUGCCUUCAGAGAGCUGAAGUACCAGUUGCCUGCCAUUUUGUCUUCUUCCAAGAUGUGUAUUUUUUUUCCUUUGCAUCUUUAUUAAGAUGCCUUUAAUGUGUGUAUGCCUCUGCCAUAGAAUACUCAGUGUUGUGGUAAAGAGAUUUUAAAGUGACAACCAUUGGGUUUACUUCAAAAUGAUCUUGAUAUGAUCAAGAUUAAAAGAAACAAGCAUAAAACAAUGUGCCCUGUUUGACUAAGUCAAAUGAAAAGGGGGCUUUGUUCCUAAUUCCUUUAAAAAAAUAGGGGAUAGUAUUUUAGAAUUUUAUGCAGAGUUUAAUUCACUUUUUAUGGUUACAAUUUUCUUACUUGCACAUACAAUAAUUUGGGUUCUUAAAAAGUUAAUUUCUGGCCUGUGAUUAGAAUAUUAAGAAGAUGGACUAAAUGUUAA